UACAUUUUCCUUUCCUGAGGUUAACUCGACUCUAAAGCAGCUCCACCUGUCAUGGAAUGGUUUUGGCCACAUGGAAGCAGAGUCACUGGGUCAGGCACUGAAACAAAACAGCACGCUGGUGCUGCUGGACCUCAGCAGUAACCAUAUAGAUGACCUGGCGGUGACACCGCUCUGCCAGGGUCUGGCCUCCAACGACACCCUCAGGGUCCUUAAGCUUUCCCAUAAUCCCCUGUCAAAUACCGGAGCGCUGACGCUGCUCAAAACAGUUAGUAACAACAUGAAAUCAGCAUUGGCGGAGAUCGAUAUUUCUACCGUGUUUGUGUGCGAGGCCUUUGUGGAGCUGUUGGAAAAAGUCCAUCAGAAUCGUCCUGCUCUGGAUGUUCCGUACAGCGUCACACGCUCCGUCACCAGGAACUUAUUGGCCCUUCAGAUCUUUCAGAAAUUCCUUGAAGAGCGAAAUGAGAGCAUCAUGGACUUCUUCCAGUCUUUGGAUAAAGAAGCAACCAUGAAUGUCUCCACUUCUGCCUUCAGGAAGGCUGUACAGGCAGCGAACGUAGCUCUUGAUCAGAGACAGCUUGAGUGGUUGAUCAGGAAGUUUGACAAGACCUGCACAGCCAACAUAAUCUACAGGUUAGUCUUCAGCUGGUGUGUGUAUAUGUCGUCAAGAAGGAGCACAUACAUCAGCACAUGCAACUUUUCAUGAAAAAAAAUAAGUAAACAACCAAAAUUAUUAGUUUUAUUGGGUCAGGUCACCAAAACUUUAUUUAAAAAAAACUAUGCUAUAACAUUGACAGUUAGUGGUGUCCGACCAUGUGGAUCAUUUUCAGAUUUUAGUUUUAAAAAAUAACUUGAAAAAUAGUAGCUUGACAAAAUAAGUCAAGGUCCACUUACAAGCUUUUUCUAGAGCUUUCAAACAACACCCCACAGUUUUGAGUACACAGAGCUCAGUUGUCAUGGAGAUGUUUUUUCUCUCUUCUUGUGAACACUGGUGACUCCACUUUACCCAAAUCAGAUUCAAAUUGUGUUGACAGACAGUAAUGUGAUAUCCAGCUUCCUCUUUGAGCUGUCUCUCUCUGUUGCAGUCAGUUCACUGAGCUGUCAUAGAUACAGAGACGUCAGGCACUACUAAGAUGAGGAUAACAGAGGAGAUAUCUUCAAUUAAAAGUUAAUGGAGUCUAUUUGAUUUUGUUUUUUUUAUAUGCUGGCAAUGUGACAAAAUGCAGUAGGUCCUCCAAUUUUUUUGCCAUACAAUAUCACGUUCACAAAAUAUAGAUACUUAUAAGGAGGAACUGACAUCACAAACCCAAUGGUAUUGUGCACCACUGACAGGUGUGCCCUAAUAGCAGCUGCCUAUGACCUCAGUGAAUCCCUCUUCCUCUCUCCCUGCACUGUCGUUCUUUGCUCAACCCAAUUCUGUCCAGUGUGAAUACUUGAACCUCUGACACCAACCAGCUGCACCCACCUGAGCGCUGCCAGCUGUGUCCGCCGCUGGGCCACAGGGUCCUCUACCUCAUUCUCUCCAUCCAAAAAUAAUCUUACGGUAUGACAACAGAACAAGAGGAGGAAGAAAAAGAGAGCUGGCAUCCAUAUCAAAGGACCGAGAGGAGGGAAAGAAUAGGGCCAGAUGCAAGCUAGUUGUUUCGCCACAUUGGUUAGCUUUGAAUGAAAUGGCCUGUAAAGGAAACGGCACACUAAUGCAUAUGCAUGUGCAGCAUUACUUAUGCAGGCCCAGCAGGGUAGGAUUAUUAAGGGUGUGCUGAUGAAUUGUCUCAAGGUGCGAUAUUAAACAGUGCAAUCCGUUUCUGUCAGGUGGCUUCAGUGGUAACCACAGGGGAGACAAUGACAUGAGGAACCAUAUCACCCACUCGUCUUAGUGAGUCAUGUGCAAACGGCUUGACUCUAUAGUAUCCUGGGUCAUCAGGACACCGACAACCCUUUUAAACUUCCCAUUUCAGUUUAAAACAUACAUUUGUCUCUUCCAGACAGUCUCCUUUUCCUCAGCAUGGUGGUCGUCUUCCAUGUCAGCCUCAGCGUCAUUGGGUUCGCUAAGUCCAACGCUGUCAGUAUCACUAUCUGAGGAGCUGUAGUAGCUGUCAGUGCGAUAUGCUUCUUCAUUAUCGCAUUCCUCGCUGGAAUAUCGUAGUCAAAGCCAUUCAGUUCCCUGCUCAUAAUUAAAAUUUGUCUUGAAGGGACGGCAACCGGCUGCCAGAGAGGUCCCAGGAUAUUUUGCAGCCGGUCGUGUCUUCAAUUAAUGAAUGAAACGAUGAACCUUCAGGUCUCCCUCUGAAAAUAAUCUCAACUCAAACCCUCACUCCACUCUAUAUGGGCUUUGUUAUAGAUACAUGUUUGGAAUAUGAAAUUGAAUUAAUUAGUUUAAGCUGAACAAAUAAGUGAACGGUUUAAUAGAAAAUCAGCAGUUUCUGAUGUAAAACAGCAAAUUAAUUUAAAUUAAUAAAGUUGUUAUACAGUGCUAGUCGCUAUUUUACAGCAGGUUUCAAUCUUGUGUUGAGUUUGUAGCCCACAUGUCACUCUAUCACCUGACUCCUGGGCUGAUUCUGAAUCAGUUUCUCUUUUCCUCCUCCAUCUUGAAUCAUUUGUACCUUCUUUACUUUCUCCAGAUUCAUCUCCAUUGUUGCCCCAGAGUUUCAUCCCUUCAUUUACUCUCUGAAUAUAUAUAUAUAAAAAAAGAUAAAAAAGAUGCUUUUCUGUCGUCAUCCGAUCCGACAACUCAGUCUAGAUCGAUAGCUGUUCGAUUUUUAACCUGUAACUUAAAAUGUUUCCCUUUUCCCUGGGCGGUGCGUACACAUAGAAAAGAUGGAAUUAUCUAAUAAAUGUAAAACCACAACAGGAUGUUAACUGGAAUUAGUUUGUACAUAAAUACAAGGGCUAUGCAUUUGACAAAAUGUGUUAAGCUGUUCCACUAAAUAUAGAGUAUUUUUCAUAUUGAAGGACUUUAUAGGGUGUACUUAAUAAAUUAAAAGUUAAAGUGUUUGAGAAUGAAAAAUAUAAAUGGACCAUUUUAGUUCUUUAUAUUAGUAUCACCUUAAACUCAAAACACACACUUUCAGUUGGACUAAAAUACAAUUCUUUAUAUAAUAACAUUGAUAUAAUUAGCUAUUUGAAAAGAUAGAAAAAAAAUAACAGAAUAAUUUAGGUAAAUUAUCUCUCUGAUGUGGCUUAAUGAAAACAAGCAGCUAGCUGCCAAUUUCUAAUGGGCCAUCUUUCAUCUGAAUGGAUACAAAGACUUA